CCGGCGCCCCCAGGGCCAUGGCACAGCCCGCCCGCCGCCGCCGCCUCGCCCGGCCCGGCCCGCAGCUCUAGUCUGACCCACUUCCUCCAUCCUGCCUCGGCCCCGCCAUGGAGAAUGAGCAGCUCCCAGCUCUGGCUCCCGCCAGCAGCGCCGGUGGCACGGCCCCAACGCCCGCCAGCACCACAGCCACGCGCCCGCCUGGGCCCCAGAUCUCCGUCUACAGCAGCAUCCCUGAUCGCCAGACCGUGCAGGUGAUCCAGCAGGCGCUGCACCGGCAGCCCAACACGGCGGCACAGUACCUGCAGCAAAUGUACGCGGCACAGCAGCAGCACCUCAUGCUGCAGACGGCCGCGCUCCAGCAGCAACACCUCACCAGCGCCCAGCUCCAGAGCCUGGCUGCUGUUCAGCAGGCAAGCCUGGCGGCAAACCGGCAAAGCAGCUCCUCAGCGGGCAAUGGCACCCAGCCAGCCCCAGCACAGCAGCCCACGAUCAACCUGGCGACGUCACCGGCAGCGGCACAGCUGCUAAACCGGGCGCAGAGCGUGGGUCCCGGGGCGUCGGGCAUCGCUCAGCAGGCUGUACUGCUGGGCAACACUGCCUCACCCGCCCUCACUGCCAGCCAGGCCCAGAUGUACCUGCGGGCACAGAUGCUCAUCUUCACACCCACGGGCCCCGUCAGCGCUGUCCGGCCCGAGAGCCCUGCAUCGGCCCCGCCACCUGCCCCACCACCCACCACCCCUCAGGUGCAGAGCCUGGCCCUGCGCCCCGCCGGCCCCCACCUCCCUGCCCUGGCCAUGAAGCCCCCUGGGGGUGCCCCUCCCCGGGCUGGCCCCCCCCGGGGGCCCCCGCCCGACCCCCCCGCCGAGCACCUCAAAAAGGCUGAGGGGCAAGAGGGCCGCACCCAUGCCCUGGCCCGCGCCACCGCCCCCGCUGCCACCCACCCGCUCGUCACCCCAGCCUAUGCCCCGCUGCAGCCCCCCCAGUUCCUGCAGCAGCCGCCGAAGCCGAUGCAGCCGCAGCCUCCGACGCAACAGCAACAGCAGUUUGUCAUCCAGCAGCAGCAGCAGCAGCUGGGCCCCCGUGGGCAGCCCCCUUCGGGCCCCCCCACCGUCCCCCAGCUCCAGCCUCUGCCCCCUGCCAGCCCUGGCCCAGCCCCCCAGCCCAAAACAGGGGCCUCCCAGGGAGCAGGGGGCGAGGGUGGCCCCCCCAAUGGGCACCCUGGCUGCCAUGCUGUCCCCCGCAAGUUCCAGCAUGCCUCGGCUGUCAUCCUGCAGCUGCAGCCCGCCGGCCCCACGCCCUCCCUCGGGGUCCCCGAGGGCACCCGCCGGGACCCGCUGCCCGUGCCGAGGAGCGCCGAGAGCCCACCUGCCGCCCCGCCGCAGCCCCCCGCCCUCUCGCCGCCCGUCGCCCCCGCGGGCCCCGACACCCCCGAGGGCGAGCGGCCCCUCACGCACGAGCCCCCCGAGCGCCUCCAUGCGCAGCCCCGCAUUCCCGGGAUGACCUCGGGCUCCGGCAGCGCUGCCGCCACCGUCGCCGGUGCUGCCCCCCACAAUGGUGAGAACAAACCGCCCCAGGCCAUCGUGAAACCCCAGAUCCUCACGCACGUCAUCGAGGGCUUCGUCAUCCAGGAGGGCGCUGAGCCCUUCCCGGUGGGCCGCUCCUCGCUGCUGGUGGGGGCCCUGCACAAGCAGUAUGCACAGGAGCUGCUGCCGGACAAGCUCCCGCCACAGGACAACACCACCACCACUGACUCAGACAUGGAGGAGCCGUACCUGCAAGAAUCCAAAGAGGAGGGGAAUCCCCCCAAGUUGAAGUGUGAGCUCUGUGGCCGCGUUGACUUCGCCUACAAGUUCAAGCGCUCCAAGCGCUUCUGCUCCAUGGCCUGUGCCAAGAGGUACAAUGUGGGCUGCACGAAGAGGGUGGGGUUGUUCCACCCAGAUCGCAGCAAACUCCAGAAACCAGGAGGGCCCCCCCACGGGCGGCGCCGCAGCUGCAAAGGGACCCUGCCCCCCCUGAGCAAGGACAGCAAGAAACAGCUCAACCACAGCCAGGAGGAUUCCAGCCGCUGCUCUGACAACUCCAGCUACGAGGAGCCACUGUCACCCAUCUCUGCCAGCUCCUCCACAUCCCGGCGCCGACAGGGAGAGCGGGACCUGGAGCUGCGGGACAUGGAGCUGCCAGACGUGCAUGGCCGCGACCUGCCCGGCCUCGGCCACCGCUUCCUCCCCAGCGAACCCAGCAAGUGGAAUGUGGAAGACGUUUAUGAGUUCAUCCGCUCACUGCCAGGCUGCCAGGAGAUCGCAGAGGAGUUCCGGGCACAGGAGAUCGAUGGGCAGGCACUGCUGCUGCUCAAGGAGGAUCAUCUCAUGAGCACCAUGAACAUCAAGCUGGGGCCUGCGCUCAAGAUCUAUGCCCGCAUCAACAUGCUUAAGGACUCCUGAGGGGGGGGGGGGGGCACAGGACCCCACUCCCCCCGCGGGACCCCUGACCCUCCCGGGACCCCUGCAGGACCCCUGACCUCCCACGCAGCCCUGGGGAGGGGGCAAGGGGGGCAAGACACUUGUGAGCACACCCUGUCCCCCCGGGGGGUGUAAAUAGCCCGUAGCUCCAGAGCCCCCCCCACGCCCCGUUUUGGGGGAGUCACCCCCCCUUCUCCAGCAGAGAGGAGGGUUCCCCAGUGUCCCCCCAUGUUCCCUCUCAAGUCAGCAGAGCCAAGCAGGACGGUUGCCUUAACGUGUGCUCCCUCCCCCAUCUGGGAUUGGGGCCCCAAGGGAGGUUUGGACUUCCCCCCCCCAGAGGGGGUCAGGGAGAGGUGGGGGGCGCGGAGGAGGAGUCACCCCCCA